AUGUCACUCUCUGAAGAUUGUAUUAGAGAAAUCAUCGAAUAUCUUUCAGAAGAUAAAAGAUCAUUAUAUUCAUGUUUACUUACCAAUAGAUUAUUUUGUCGAUUUGUUAUACCAAUAUUAUGGAGAAAUCCUUGGAUAAAUAUUGAUUUAAAAUGUAUCGAUUCAAAAGAAAAAAAUUAUUGGAAUAUACUUGGAAGAACUAUAAUUAAAUGUUUUUUACAAGAAAUCAAAAAUUCUCCCUUCUUAUUAAAAAAAUUUAAUAAAGAUCUUUUAUUAUUAUUACAAAAACAACCAUUAUUCAAUUACGUUUUAUAUAUUCAAAUAAUUUCUUUAGAUGUAAUAAAUAAAUUAAUCAAAGGUAUAUUUGGUAAUAUUGAUGAUAAAAAAAUUAUUCAAAAAUAUCAAAAAAAAUUUUGGUCAUUUUUUAUGAAAAGAUGUUCAAAAAUUAAAUAUCUUGAUAUGCCAAAUUUUAAUAUUUUUGAAUUUUCUAUAUCAAAAAGAUCAUUAUUAUCACUUUCAAUUUUAAAGAUUAAUAUUAUUACUUGUCCUGAAGAAAUUAUUCUUGAAUUAUCAAAAAAUAUUCAUAAUUUAAAACGUAUUGAAUUUUGUUUAGAUAAUAUUGAAUCUGAAAAUUCAAUUUAUCAUAAUAGUACUAUAAGUGAUCUUUCGGAUUCUGAUUCAGAAGAUAUUAGUAUUAUGUCUGAAGAAAAUUCGAAAUAUAAUGAUAAUAUUAGUACUUUAAUUCUCUCGCAAAAAAAUUUGAGAGAAAUAAAAUUUAUUUACGUCAGAUCGAUGGUGAAUCUUUUUAAAAAGAAAACUAUCGAACAUCUUUCUAAUUCUUUAAGAAUUCUUGAACUUUGUAAUUGUACUUAUUUGCCAAUUCAAGCAAUUACAAAUUUUAUUAAUUUAACAGAAUUAAAAAUUUGUUUUCAUAGUUUUGAUUAUAAUGAAGAUGAUGUUAAUGAUAAUAAUUUUAAAGGAGUCUAUUUAUCAAAACUUGAAAUUCUUUCUUUACUAAAUUUUAGAGAGAAAGAUUUAAUAUUUGUUGCUAAAUUAAUAGAAACAACAAAAGAUACUUUAAAAAUUCUUAAUAUUCGUCCUCAUACGAAUAAUGCAAUUGAAGUGAUAACGAACAAUACAACAUAUACGAUUGAUACAACAUUGUUAUCACGAAAUACAUCUCCAUCACCAUUGUCAAUUGAAUAUUAUCUUCACGCGAUUAAAAUGGUGUGUUCAAAUAUUGAAGUUUUACCGGUGUGGUUGGGAUCGACAUCUUUGGAAGAAUUUGAAGAUUUAUUGAAAUCUUGUUCAAAACUCAAAAAAAUCAUCAUUUACGCCACAAAAUCAUUUAAUAAUAUUUUAACCAAAAAAAUUUUACAUUUAUUAGCUAUAAAAUCAUCAUCCCCCCUUUUAAUUAAUAUUCAUUUAAUUGGUGAAUGGAAAUUCUCUAAUUUAGAAUUAGAAAAUUUUUUUAAUUUAUGGAAAGAAAUGGGAAGAAAACCAUUAGAAUUUUUUUCAAAAAAUAACAUUUAUUACAUUUAUAUUAAAUCAAAUUAUAUUUUUAAAUAUUCUAAACAAUAUAAAUGUAAACUUUGUAAUGAUAUAUUUGAUAAAUUAGAAUAUUCUUAUUUUCAUCUUAUAACAACACAUUUUAAAAAGACUCCAAUAUGUUGUUGGAAUGAUUGUGGUAGUGAUCAUUUAUUCAAUUUUAUUCAAAUAACUUCAACUUUUAUAACGAACAAAAAAAUUUGA